GCGGCACCGGCCUCGCACGGCGGCGCCGCGGGAGCCGCCGCAGCCCCGCCAUGGCCAAGGAGGGAGCGCAGCGAGCCGAGGAGACGGAGCAGAUGAUCGACAAGGAGGGCGGCAGGGAGGCGGCCGAGGGCGGCGCGGGCGGCAGCCUGCGCGCCGGGGACGCCAAGGAGAUGCGAGCCGUGGUGCUCUCCGCCUUCGGGGGGCUCAACAAGCUCCGCGUGUCCAAGAAAGCCAUGCCGGAGCCGCAGGAGGGCGAGCUGAAGAUCCGCGUCAAAGCCUGCUGAUUCCCUCUAAGUUCCAGAUUCUCAACAUGAAGAAGGAGGAUACUCCCCACGGCACUGUGGGGAGUAUUCUGCCCAGAAUUAGCCCAUUUCUAGACAUGAGCGAGACUCGCCCAAAGCUGCCACCAGUUGCCCUGAAACAGAGCUUGUUUCGGGUUUCCCCACCAGAGAUGGUAUUUCAGAACUUCGUCGCCCAUGAGGUCUCUGAAAUGGCACUGUCCUUCAUGAAUAAGGACAAGAUUUCUGGGAUGGUGAAGGUCUGCAUGGAGAGCUCACCUUAUUUCGAGCUGGCGUGCCCCAGUGAUGUGUACCACAUCGUGCCACCGGGCGCGUCUGCCCGUGUGCGCAUCCGCUUUACCCCUGAUGAGAUCAAGGAUUAUUCCCACGAGCUCGUCUGCAUGACUGCAAAGGAAAGGAUAGUUGUGCCAAUUCGGGCCAUUGGUGCCAAAGCUAUCCUGGAAUUCCCUGACCACCUGGACUUCCUGAAGUGUCCAGUCAAGUACAGCACCCAGAAGACUCUGCUGGUUCGCAACACUGGUAACCUGGAAGCUCAUUACCAGCUGAGCACCCAGAGUCCUUUCUUCGUGGUUCCAGCCACGGGAACUCUGGGCGCUGGUGACAGCAUGCAGGUGACAGUGGGAUUUCACCCGCUGACGAAUGGUGACCAUUUCGGGUCCCUGGUAGCGUGCUGCAACACAGGUGAAGAAAGGAUCCACACAAAGCUCCAUGGAGAAGCUGUAGAUCUCAACCUUGGGUUGAGCACAAGUUCCGUGGAGGUUGAGAAGACUUUCAUCACCAUGUCAAACCACACAACCGUGUUCAUCGAAAACAGGAGUAACAUCACAGCCCACUUCCAGUGGAAGACUUUUCUUGAUGAGGAAGACGAGAAUGAAGUGAAGAGGAGGCAGUGUAAUUCGCUGCGCGUGCCAAGUGAGGUGUGGGUGGAAACUUCCAUGGAGGAGGAAAAAAUACGGAAGGUGAAGGGCUUUUGUAAAGAUCGCAUUGGCAUCCUGAAGAGCGUGGUCGAGGAGGAGGUGGCAAAGGUGCAACAAGACCCCAUGCUGUUCUCCGAUGAAGUUUUUUUCAUUGAGCCAUUGGAGGGAGAAAUUGGGCCGCAUUGUUCGGCCGAAAUCAAGGUGACCUUCAAACCCCUAGAGGCACUGAAGUACCAAAGUAUGGCUUACUGCAAUAUCUCAGGCCGUGAGAGCAGGAUGACCCUUCGCCUCAAAGGGGAAGGCCAAGGACCUUUGCUUGAAUUCAGCUGUCCUUCACUGAAUCUUGGGAAAAUUCUUGUUGACACCCUCCACGUCUAUGAGGUGAAGCUGAUUAACCAAGGAGCUAUUGAUGCUCCCUUCACCUAUAUCCCUUCAACCAGGAAGGGAUUCUGCUUCAAGUUUGCACCUGAGGAGGGCAUCAUUGCACCAGGUGGGAUCCAGACUAUUCAGAUCUCCUUCAAUGCCACCGUGUUGGGGAUGUUUGAGGAAGAAUUCCAGUUCAGUGUGGCUGGAUCUCCUACGCCUGCCAUCCUGACCAUCAGGGGGUGUGUCGCUGGACCGACUUUACACUUCAAUGUCGAUGAGCUCAGCUUCGGGGACAUCUCCUUUGGCUUUCCCUACACCAAGAGCUUUCGCCUGACUAACACCUGCCCGGUGCCCGUGACGUUCAAGCUCCGCAUGUUGGACGAUGACACGCAGCCUGCUGUGAAUAGCUGUGAUCAAAUACACAGCGACAGUGACCCAUCCGGGACGGAGGGAAUUCAUUUUUUCCCGGAGCCAAGAGAGUUUACAAUGAAUCCCAUGCAAGGGACCAUCCUCCCCCAGGGACACCGGGAUAUCAAGGUGACCAUGUGUUCCAAAACCGUGAUGGAAUUCUGCCGGAAAAUGCUGGUGGACCUGGAGGGUAUUGGCGAGGGAGUGGCAUCCCUGACCAUCACAGCCAGGUGUCUCGUUCCUGAGCUGUACGUGUACCCUCAAAUCCUGCUGUAUGGUAAAUGCCAGCUGAAGGAGCCAUAUGAGAGGAAGUUCAUCAUUGGGAAUCCCACUGACCUUCCUGGCUGCUACAGGCUUAUUCCCCAGAAAUGCGAGGAGGACUCUCCUGUGCUCUACUCCAGCCCCAAACCCUAUGGGAUUGUCCAGCCUCGCAGCACUGUAGAGAUUCCAGUUAUAGUCAAAGUCCAAACACUGGGCGAGCAUCGCACCAACGUUCUUGUCGGCGUGUUCGGGGAUGAGAGAAACCCACGGAGAAUAGAACUACAGAGCUCUGGAUGCCUGGCAAAAAUCCGCCUAAGUGAUCGCAAGAUAGACUUUGGCGAGGUCCCAUUAUUACAGCCUACUUCACGAAGCCUUACCCUCUUGAACAAUGGUCUCGUCCCUGUAGACUUCAGGCUAGAGAUCGAUCCCACACCCCACUGCUUUGCCGUUGAGCCCAGAGAAGGAGUGAUCCCUGCUAGGGGCAAGGUUCCUGUGACUGUCACAGCAGCCCCGAAUGACACUCGGCUGUUUGCUGGCAAUGUCCAGCUGUUCAUUGGGAACAGCCUUUGGACCUCCUGUGUGCUGGAGGUUUUGGGCACUGGCACCACAAUUGUCAUAACCAAGCCAUUAACCCCAGAGCUCAACUUGGGGACCCAUUCAGCAAAAUGCUACAGCCCACCUAAGGGGAAGGACCAGAGUGUCUCAGCCCUCAGCAGCCCCAAAGAUGCUUCCCAGAGCCCCAAACGUGCCGCCCCCGUGUUUGAGGUGGAGCUACCGACGGGGACACUGCAGCCAGGCGAGUCUGUGGACAUGGUGCUGCGAGGCUUCUCCCACAUCUCGCAGGAGGUGCAGGAUUAUGUGUUCUGUGAAGCUGCCAUUGAGAUACCCAGCCACAAAGAGAAGAUAAUAGAAAUAAUCAUUACCUGCAAGUUCAUUCACCCCUCUAUAGAAGCAUCAGCCAGUCAAUUCUCUUUCCGGGUGGAGAAGAAACCCAGUGAUGUCCUGACGCUGCAGUACCAGCCUUUGGCUUUAAAAAACACCUGCCUGCUGCCACUGGACCUUAUGCUGGACUUGGAGCAGCCAUUCCUGGUCUGUGAUGAGGACCAGAAGCCCCUCCCUGACAGCCAGUUUGUGUCCUUGCAGCCUGUGACAGUGGGUGUAGGGGAGACCUGUCAUCUCUACAUCGCAUUUGACCCAGCUUAUAAACUGGAUUUUAAGAGCUGGAAAAUAGAGAAGGUUCUGAAGAUAGACAUGGUCAGGGGCCAUCCUUUUGUGGAGCGUAUCACCCUUCGGGGAGAAGUCCACUUCCCAAGUCUCCGAAUCCAGCCCGGCACCCUGGAGAUUGGCUGCAUCGUGGCUGGCACUGAAGAAGUGCGUUCUCUGAAGAUCACCAACCGCAGCCCACUUCCCGUCGAGUACCACUGGUCAUUCCAUUCGGACAGCCAGGUGAACAAGUUGAGAUAUGAGCCUUACCCACCUAAAUUCAAACCCCAACCACCAAAGGGGAAGAGAACCUAUUUGGGUUGCCUGUCAUCUCAAUGGAGACAGUUCAAGAUUGGAAGGGAGGAGGCAGCCAGAGCCCUGAAAGAAUUGCAGGAUUUUAACCAAUCUUUAGGAACAGAGGUGCAAAUACAACUGCCUGAACCCCCUCGCUUCCCACGAGAGUUGGUGGGAUUCAGGCACUCCGUGGACAUGCCACACACUCCCCUCGAAGUGGAGAAGGCUUUCAGUAUCGUGCCAGUGUCAGGUGUGCUGCAGCCGGGAGAGAGCCAGCAGGUCUCCUUCACCUUCUUUGGCCACCUCAACACCAUCUGCAAUGUCACGGCGCUGUGCCACGUGGAGGGAGGCCCCACCUACGAGGUGGUGGUGACCGGAGAGGCCUCACGUGUCAGCUACUCCCUGAGCUCCCGGGAGAUCGACUGUGGCUCUCAGAUGUUUAAUGAAAUUCAUCACCGCACAGUCACCCUGGCAAACACUGGCAAGCCUGAAUUCAACUGGGUGCUAAAGCCUAGCACUGCCGACCAGCGUCUGCCUGGCGUGUUUCUGGUCAAGCCCACCACUGGCUCCAUUGCACAUGGCGAGAAGCAAGUGCUGAAAUUCUCUUACAUGCCGGGAUUACCAGGAGCCUUCAGCAGGACUUACCAGCUUAAAGUGGGUGACCUGGACCCAGAAAAUAUCUGCCUGAAAGGAGAAGCAUCCUUUCCCAUGAUCAGGGUGAACCUGCCCUGGAACAUCAAAGGAAAUGAAAAAGAUGAGAUCACUAAGAGUCAGACCUCGAAGACUCGGGAUCCAAAGACUCAGGGCCUGAAGCCCCACAUCCCUCGUUCUGGCAUUGUAUCAAACACUCAGCUGCAGAUAGAGAUGAUGAGGAUGCUGAUAAAGAAGCCUUCUCUGGAGCUGCAGAAAAAGCUCCCAUCCCAUGCCCUGAAGAGCAGGUUCCCUGAGAAGGAGCUGUGCCAGCGUCUUGUCAAAGUUAACCUGCUCGAGUAUGUCCUGGACAUGGGCCCUGUCCUGAAGGGUUACACUGAGACACACACUCUGAAGAUCACCAACCCUGGGCAGAUCUAUGUGUCCUUCCAGGUCAAUGUGUCUGUCCUGCGGGACACAGGUUUCAGUGUGGACCUGAACAAGAUGGAGGACCUGCCCCCCAACCACACCGUGGCGUUUGAAGUGCGCUUUGAAAGUGCCCACCAGCCACAGGGUGACGUGGAUGUGCUGCUGCCCAUAAAGGUGACAAAAGGCCCCACGUAUAACAUCCGCCUCCGUGCCACUGUGUCUGAAAUGUCGCUCGACCUCUCCAAGAAGAGACUGCACUUCUCUGACAUCCUUGUUGGGCAGUGCCAGGUCGAGACCAUCCGACUCUACAACUGGUUCCGAGUAGCCUGCAAAUGGUCCAUCGAGCGUGUUCCGAAGAACAAUCACCUCAAAUACAUGACAGUACGUCAGAAGCGGCAGGCGCUGGAGGAUGAGCCCUGUCCCUUUGAAGUGACGCCCUCCAAAGGAACCCUUGGUGCAGGAAAGUGGCAGAACUUGCAAAUCCAGUUUACACCCGAGGCGGAGAGCUCUUACAGGAAUGAGCUGGAGCUUAACAUUUGUGGGAGCAGCAGUCACUUAAAGCUGCACCUCUCAGGAGAAGGUCUGGAGCCACGGUUGGAGUUCAGCCCCCCAGCACUAAAGAUGGGAUGGAUGCUGGUGGACAGUGAUGGGCUGGAGGCCACAGUGGUGGUGAAGAACCCAUGCAACUUCCCCAUUGAGUUUUACUCCCUGGAUUUUGAUGAGCAGUACCUUGAGGAGGAGAAGAUCCUGCGGAUGGCAGUGGGGUCCGAGUAUCAAAAGUGGUUUUUUAUGCCUCCACGUGCCGUGGGUGAGACGCUGCCCCCAGAGGUGCUGGAGGACCAUGAAGCACAGAGGAGGCCGAAGGCUCAACAGGCAGAGCUGAAGGCCAUGGCAGAGGCCAAGGCCAGGGCUGAGGCUGAGGCCAAGGCCAAGGGCAAGGCAGCACCAGCACAUCGCAGGACUCUCACAUUCUGUCCUGAGUCCAUGCUGAAAGUGACUGGCAGUCCCAUCUCUCGGGCUGUCAUGCGCCACCUGGGCAUUGACCCGUCUUCAGAGAGGCGUGAAGCGCAGCAGCACAGAGGGAUUGUUGUCAUCCUCCAUGGGCCACCCCGGACAGGAAAGACAGAGAUAGCAGCAGGCCUGUGUCAGUAUUAUGAUGCUGCUUACGUGUCCAUUGACACCGUGGUGAAAGAGGCCAUGGCCAACGAUGGGAGCCCAGCAGGGCUCUGUGCCCGGGAGCUCUGCACCAAGGCUGCCAUGGAGACAAAAGACAAAGACAAAGGUGAAAAGUCUCUGACCAAGAAUAAAGAAGCCUCUGGGGAAAAAAUCAACAAGAAGGAUGCCAAAGGCAAGACCCCUUCAGCACAAAAGAAGAAGGAGCCAGGCAGCAAACUCGACAAAAAGGACACCAAGUUCACAGUUUCCACUGCUCCUGCGCCGCAGCAGCUGAACAUCAGCAGCAGUCAUGGGGAAGAGCUGAACUGCUUGAGCUGUGUGCUGCCCGAGGACCUGCUGGUGGACAUCCUCAGUGAGAGGCUGAAGUGUAAAGACUGCUACAAGGGAGUGGUCUUUGAUGGCUUGGAAAGCCUCUUUGCAAGCAGCCUGGAAUCUUCUCUUCUCUGUGUACUCAAAGCUGUCAAAAAUCGUCGUCAUAUCUUCAUAUUGAACCUGCAUCAGGAUUAUGCUGUUUGGAAAGCCAGGGUUGAAGCUGAAAGAGAGAGGAAGGAAGCUGAAAGAGAGAAGAAAGAACUGCAGUGGGAAAAAGCUAUUGAGAGGAAGAGAAAACUUUUAUUGCAAAUGACUGAAGAUGAGUAUGACGCCCUCCCUGAGGAGAAGAAAGCAGAAGUGGAUAAAAUAUUCCUGGAAUGGGCGCGCAUACGGAGGAAGAGGGUUCAGGGUACCAUGCAGUUACCUGUGAUCCCAAAGGAAAACAACUCCCAGUCUUCACCUGUAAAGAAAGGUCAGAAGACCAAUAAGCCUGAGGAGAAGGUGGAGAAGCCUGAACAAAAAAGUGGAGACCGAAGGAGUCUUCAGUCAUCUCAGCUGGAGAUGGAAAGCAAAGUUGCAGAGGGGGCAGUCAGAGACGAGCAUGUCGGGGUGCCGUGCCUGGACAUCCAGGUCUCAGAUCCAAAGGCCACGAUCAGGGAGAUCCUGAGGGAUGGGACGCUGCCAACGGAAGACGAGGUGCUGCAACAUGUGGGACUGCAUCCCGACGGGCCUCCCCUGCCCCCUGCUGCUGUGCUCUCCAUAGUCGAGUACCCAGAGGAGCGGCUGGCCUCUGCAGAGCGCGUGGAGCCCUUCGCCAUUGUGGCACCGGGAGGUGCUGCUGUGGAAGACAGUCUGGCCAAGGCCCCUGAUGUGAAGGGCAGUUCUGCCGAGGGCCGACCAAAGACAGGUAAAGCAGCCAGCAGAGACAGCUCUGCAAAGGAGAAGCAGAUCUCCACACGGAGAACAGAAAGUCCCCGGGAUUCCUCUGCAACAGGAUCCAAAGGUACACUGGAAAGUGCCUCCGUCCCCACAGAAUUCCUCAGGCUGAAACGGUACCGGUGGAUAGUGCCUGCCCACGCGAACACUGCCCCCGAGAACGUGUCCACCGACACGUGGAUAUAUUUGAGCCGGCCAAAAGAGGGGAAAUGGGUGACAUCUGUCUGCCAGAUGUCCAGUGCCCCCAGUCCCCGGGGGUUAACCCCCGUCGCUAACAAUGGUCUCACGGGCAUCUGGGGUGAGAUGGCGUGGGGAUGCCAGGUCGCCGUCGCCUUUCAGCAGGUGAAAGAGUGGCGACAGCUCCUCCGUGGUGAAUCCCAGGAGAGGUCGGAUCCAGGUGAUGGUACCGCAGAGCUGCUGCAAAUCCCGCAGGGUCCGUGGGUCGUCUUUGAUGACAAGAGACUGGGGCGCGACGGUCCUUCCCGUGAUCAAGAAGCCCAGAGAGAACGGAGGAUGAUGGCAAACCACGGAGACGUUGAGCUCUGCCCCCGGCUCAAAGUAGACGACCUCCGGGAUGAUGGUGAGGUCGUCCGGCGUGCUGAUGGAGUCUCCGAUGAACAACACUGUGACAGGGUGGUCGCGGUAUGGCGGCGGCAGGAAUCCCACCGGGACACGGACCAAGUCCUCAUCCGGAAACAUGAUGUGGAUGGAACUCCGGAGGACUUGGCGGCGGGCACUGUUCAGUUGUUUAGUCCGUCUGAGGAGCCGGAGCCCGUCCUCCUGGCUGCGGACGUCCGGAGAAAUGUGCCGCUGGGGCAGUGGUUCUCCGGGAGCGAUGGCAGCACAGGGAGCUGGGACGGGCCAUUUGAUGUCCCAGGGAAGUUUGAGCAGACACUGAGGUUUGAGCUCGUGCAGACAAAGCGCCAGUACGAGCUGCCCUGCCGUGGCACCGGCCUGUACCCCAGCAUCAGCCAGAACCCACGAAACGACAACCUGCUGCCCAUGGCCUGGCAGCUCAGCGGGCUGGAUGACCUUGCUGAGGACUUCUCCUUGUCCCAAGAUAAAGGCACCAUUGAUCCCCGCUCAGAGUUUGAAGUGGCAGUGCAUUUCAAGGCCAGGCAGAUUGGCAGCGUUAAGAAGACCCUCCGACUAGAGGUUUCAGAUACAGAAAAUGUCCUGGGGAUUGUUCAGGCUGAAAACAUCAAAAUCUCUGCAAAGGUCUAUGAGGUUUCUCUGAGCAUUGACAUGCCCAAAGGUUCAGAUGGAAGCUUGGAAUUUGGAACCAUUAAUGUCCUGGAUAAUGUGAAGAAAGUCCUGAGGCUAAAGAACAAAGGGGUAUACAACAUUGAGUACAGUUUCACGCUGAAGGGUGCAGGUCCCGGGAUGCAAAACAUGGCAUCCUACUUCACUGUUGAGCCUCAGUCAGGCAUGCUGACUGCCUCCCAGCCUGGUGUGAAUAUUGAGAUACUCUUCCACCCCACAAGUGAAAUCCUCCUCAAGAACAAGCCCAUCCUGUACUGCCAGGUGAUAGAUGCCAGCUCAGGUGAAGGAGGCCAGGUUGUCACCAACAUCCCAGUGAUGGUGUCAGCAAAAGCUGAGUACAGCAAGUACAGCAUUGAGCCUGCCUCACCCAUCGACUUCGGUGCCGUGAUCAAGGGCACCAAGGAGACCCAGACUGUCGUGCUGGAGAACAAAGGCAUGCUCGGCUUCAAAUUCCGCAUCCACCGAGCACCCAAGGAGGCAUCUGCAUUGGAAAGCAAAAGUUCAAAGCAAGGGGAAUCUGCUCCAUCGUCUACAAAGCACUCAGCUGUUGUAGAUCGCCUGGCGACCCGGCGAAAGCCGCGGGAGGCGGCGGGGCAGCCGGGGCCGGCGCGGGGGCCGCUGCGGGCGGGCGAGGCGCGCAUCACAGCCGAUGUGGGCGGCGGAGCCGGCGCGAGGAGGUUCUCGGCCGGCGCCGCAGGCUGGGGGUCUUCUAUAUCAUCACAGCUCGCAUCGGGAACAGGCUCCGAGCCGGCGGGCGGGACCACCGGCGCGGCGGAACCCACCGCUGUGGAGGGAUCAGCCGCUGGAGCAGGGGGCGCAGCCGCCGCCGCGGGAGCGAUGACGGGCGCUGCCGGAGGCGCGGCUGACAACUCCGAGGCAGGGGCCGGCGCGGGAGCCGGCGCAGGCGGCGUCUCCGCCCCUGCCGAGGUGGCUUCAGGCUGGCUCUCAGCGGCGGUCAAGAUGUCCGUUCCUGGCUCAUCCUAUGCCGUUGCUACGGUGACCUUCACCCCGCCAGAUGAGCAGAACUACAACUGCACAUUCAAGGCUUCCCUUGUCAUCCCAAAAGGCUCUGUGAAAAUCAAACCCCAAACCCUGACCUUCACCAUCAGCGGGAGGGGGCACGAGCCGCAGCUGACAGUCGUGUGCCCGAGUGCUCGCAGCGAGAGGGGAAACGCCGUGCUGCGCUUCAAGAGGCUCCGGCUGGGGGAUUCAGAGACGCUGCCCCUGGUCAUCCGUAACAACGGCAGCAUACCUGUCAAGAUUAUGUUACACCUGGAGGAUAAGCAUGGAGUGUUCUUCUUGAAAGGCAGGGCCUCCACACUCAGGAUAUUCCACACUGAAGAUGUGGAAGAGGACUCCGUUGGAAACGAGAGCAAGCCCCCGAAGAAGCCUUUCUUCCUUCUGCAUUGCGGGCAAUCGACAGAGUUUGAUGUCAUUUUCAAACCCACGCGGGCUCGACGUCUGGAAGGGGAGAUUUGUCUCUUCAUGGGGGACAUGUGCUCUAACAAAACCCUAGUAGAGCUGGUGGGUGAAGGCCACAAGGAUGAAUUCACCCUCGAUGGCCUAGAGGAAGACACAAUGGAGGGGAAUGCUGAGAGCAGUCUGAAGAAAGACAUCAUUGAUGCUGUCAGAAUGAAUCACCUCCAGUUUGGGGACUGUCUUGUCGGGAAGCGCUGCAGCAGGACCUUCACCAUCACCAACCACACCCGUAGGAAGGUCAUGCGCUUUGAGUGGGAGGCAGACGCCCCAUUCCAGUUCUCCCCCAAGGUGGGACACCUCUGUCCUCGCCGUGCCAAGGACAUCACAGUGACUUUGAAAUCAGAUGUCCCAGCCACCUUCAGGAGGCACCUUGUGAAAUGUAAGGUGACCAAGAUCAACUUUGAGCUGCCACAAAGGGAGGUUCCUGACUGGGAUGACCGAAAGUGCACUGUCUCAUGGAAGAGUACCACCAGGAAAGACCCGGGAGACAAAUUCCCUAAAAUAGAGAAGGUGGUCGAGAUAGACCCAGAACCGGCUCACACUGUGGUGGAGGAGAGCAGCCAGGAGGCCGAGGUGUACCUCAGUGCCGUUGCUGCCCACAAGCAGUUGAAGCUGAAGACGAUGGUGGUUCAGUUCAAGGAUACCCAGCCCUCCCAGACAAGGACAACCACUUUCAAAAUUCACAACGCAGGGAAGGAAGCCCUGGAGUACUCCUGGGAUUAUGCCGCAGAUAGAGAACCAGUGAACAAGCCAUUCUCAUUCACUCUGAUGCGUCGGUUCCUCUCCGAUGAAACUGUAAAGCAUCGCAGAAAGCUGCUGCGUAGUUACUGGUGGGAGCUGGAACAUCCUCCUAAGAUAGUUCCUAAAGUGCGGCAGCGGCGGCCUGACAGGAGGCUGCGGUUAGCCAGAUUGCGGCAGCAGCGGCGAGACCGGCAGUGGCGCUGGGACUGGAUAUUUCACCCAUGA